UGCACAACACCACGCUGGCUUUUAGGCACAAUUGUUCUGAUUCAAAGAUGGAAAGAUGUUAUGUUGCAGUAGAUUGGAAAAGUGGCAUUCACAAAUGGCUGUCUACGGAACUUCAUGAAGUGGAUCAUGGCCUGGUCAGCCAGUUACUGAUGGGCUCUGAGGAGAAUCUCCCUGUAUGCAUAGAGAAAAUACCACCCCCCUCUCCAAAUAACUGGAGUACAGAUUGGAGCUUUUGGGUCUCAAGCUCCACUUACAAAUACAGGAAUGAAGAAUUUAAAAGACAGUUCUCACACCUGCCAGAUUUGGAAAGGCUUGUUGUAGAUUAUGCCUGUGCCCUGCAGAAGGAUAUCCUCCUUCAAGGACGUCUGUAUCUCUCUGAAAAUUGGCUGUGUUUCUACAGCAAUAUAUUUCGAUGGGAGACCAUGAUCUCUAUCGCCUUGAAGGAUAUAACCUUCAUGACGAAGGAGAAGACAGCUCGGCUCAUCCCAAAUGCUAUCCAGAUUGCCACUGAAGGAGAGAAGUUUUUCUUCACUUCAUUCAAUGCCAGAGACAGAAGCUACCUCAAUCUCUUUCGAUUAUGGCAGAACGCAUUGCUGGAGAAGAGACUGACAAAGCAGGAAUUCUGGCAGCUUGUGCAGCAGAGUUAUGGCUCUGAGGUGGGCUUGAACACCGAAGAAAUGGAAAACGUUUACUCAUCAUCUGAGGAGAACGGACGGUCUAGAUCCAGCCUUUGUGAUGAAUUUGGGGAGAAGGAUGAAAAGUUGUCUAAGGCAUUUGGUGUAGUUCAAGAGCCAGUAGAUCAGAUACUUGAAACUGAGUCUCUUAAUGGAACCCAGCUACCAGAAGAUGCUGAGCCAGAGGAAUCUCACUGCGAUAAACCAGAGAGAAGGAGUUCUUUGCUGUCUUCGGAAAGGAUGCCAGUUGAUUUAGCACAGCACAAAAACUCAAUGCAAUUGCCAGAUCUAAAUGAGACUUUCCCUCCUGAGAAGAUCAGCGCCUCCGAAAGUGAGGGUGAAGCUGAGGAUACCAUCCUAGACCAUGACCUCCAUGGAAAAAUCUUUAUUAACCUGGUUUUACGUAUUGGUGCAGAUAAAAUGUUUGAGAUGCUUUUCACCAAUUCCCAUUUCAUGCAGAGGUAUUUCAUGACUAGAAAUAUAACAGAUACAGUAUCAACUCCUUGGAACAGAGAUGCUGGAGGAAAUCAACUGAGGACCAUGACAUACACUCUUAUUCUUAACAGUCCACUGAUUGGGAAAUCCACAGCUGUAACAGAAAAGCAGGUCCUGCAUAAACAAAGCCACAAAGGUCAUCUGUAUCGGAUAGAUGCUGAGGUGUUCACGCAUGAUGUGCCCUAUCAUGAUUACUUCUACACUGUGUAUACUUAUUGUAUUACCCAUAUGUCCAGUGAGAGGUGCAGACUCCGGAUUUCCUCAGAUGUGAAAUAUAAAAAGCAACCAUGGGGACUUGUCAAGAGCAUAAUAGAGAAGAAUACGUGGGGUGGGAUACAAGAAAAUUUUAAACAGCUUGAAUCAGAACUGCUUAUGGAAGAAUAUACAGUAAACAAACCGAUAGAGGAUGCAACAAAACUUGGGGUACUGAGACGGAGGAGGUGGACUUUACAGCGAAGCAUGGGAGAGAUCCUUCCUAAACAUUCCUCACAGUAUUCUGCUGGGGAUGCAGGUUUGCCUUCCCUUGCCAAUACAGGACCCAAAAAGGAUGCUAAAAAUAAGACCAUUGCUAUCAUAGUGAUAAUGAGCAUCUUCUUGCUGUUACUGGUUAUGCUGAAUGUGACAUUAUUUGUCAAACUGUCAAAGAUUGAAAAUGCAGCUCAGUCAUUUUAUCAAGUUCACCUUCAGGAAGAAGGAUCUGUAAAUUUAGCUCUUAAUAUGGCGUCCAGAGGGAAAAACCCUCAGCAUGAUACAGGUAAAGCCCAGCAUGUGAAAGGGGUGCUGAGAGACUCUAUAGCAUUACUGGAACAGUUGAAGAAUUCCCUUUCUAAGCUUCAAAGCAGCUUUGAUCACCUGAACAAGACCAAAAAUGGGAAGCCUGAAAGUUGAUGUCACCGAAAUAGAACAUUAAGGAGAUUGAAGAUAUUGUUUUGUUGACUAAACUGCUAAGCUUUAUUUCCUUUCAAUUUUUGCACAAGACUCAACUUGCACAUCUAAGAGAUAUCUAAAGAAAUUCUUUUUUUAAAAUCUUGUUAUUCUAUGACUUCUCCUGAUUCGUUUGAUAUCUUUUUGAGAACCAUUUCCUGAACUGUGAAUAACUGGUAUGAGUGAAUAAUAAACUGUGGUCUGGUAAUGAUGUGGCUUGCAAAUGUAAAGAAAAUUUUGGGCAGGGGAGUGUAAUAUGCACAUUCCUCCCUCCCCACACGCUUUAAACAUCAUAAAAGAUGCAGUAUAGAUUAUUUUAUAAGGGGUGAAACAACUGAAGAUUAUAUAUUUUUUUUCUCUCAAAAGCAGGCUGUUUAAAUGGUUCUGUAUAUGUUCUAGAUACCUACUUAUGUGUCUACUUUUCCUUUGUAAUUUUCCCUCCAUCUCUUAAGAGUCAUUGUAGUUCUAUAUCCCCCUAUCCAUUAUCAUUUCAGCUCUCAGGAUUUCUCAGGGAGUGUCCAUAUGUAUAAUAGUGCUAUGUUCAAAUGUUCUGAAUCCCUCAAUUAUUUUUAAAGACAACAGUAAUUAUAUUCAACAGAUUAUUCAACAGCAUAUUGAUUGCACAAAGUCCGUUGUAAAACACAAAAUCCAGAUUUUACAUUUUACAGAGUUGCAAUCCAGUUCUCCGAUCAGGUUUGAUUUCUUUUGUAGCACAAAUGGAGAGCCCAGCUGUGCUUUAAAUAGCAUGAAAUGGGAAUGUUCUUGUGCUACAACUGAGUCAUGUUACAAUCAGCUACUGGAGAAAUGCAAAAGCCUUUUUAAAGGGUUUCUAGAGCAGAAUCAUUGUGCAAUCCAUAGGAGAGUUACAGCCUUCUGGGCAUAUUAACUUGUAAGACUGUUUAGGAUUGUCUGGCAAAUGUGGGUGCUAGUAAAAUCAUGGACACUCUGAGAUGUAAGCUAUAACUGUGACUUCUAUUUUAGGGUUUUAAUUUCAAAAAGUGCCUUUCUCAUUACAGUAAAAUUAGUACAGUAAAAUAGCUUUAACAGCUGGACCAAAACUACUCAGGCUUUUUCUAAAAACCAAACAAGUACUUGUUGGUGUACAGUACAGACAGAAAUGUAUGGGAGUAAUUAGUGUCAAGGCAGGCAUUUUACAGAAUAUAAAACAUAGGAACAGAAGUCCUACAUAGGUAAGCAAGUCAGAGAUAGAUGAAGGCGCUUUCUGUGAUGUGUUAGGAUUCUGUUGUCCUUUGUGACUUUUUUUGUAUUUGAAAUGAACACCAUGUUGGUCGUUUUAUAUAUGGAGAUAAAUGUAUGGGAGGCUUUGUGACACAUCAGAAAUGUCUCUGUAUGUCAGUAUGUGAAAAAGGAUCCAAUAAAACUGACAAAUGAUAGUA